UUUAGCAAAACUUCGGGCCCACCUGGCACCGAAAACAAUUUAAUAAACUAUAGCAUAGCCGUAAUGUUAAAAUAGAAAAUAUGCAUAGAAAAUUACAAGUUCACAAUGUUUUAUUUUUUAAUCAAUUGAAUAAUCGGUGAAUUAAAUUAAUUGAACAAUGUAUUAUUCUCGAUGUGUAUUUAUGUUUUAAUCUAAAACUACGCGCGUUAUAUUCUAACUUGGCCUAUUCAUUCGGAUUUAGUAGCCUCAAGUUUUUUAGGCUACUAAAUCGAGAUAGGCUAUCGUCAACCUUGGGCUGUGUUGCAACUUGUGAAACGAAAGUGAUACUAUUUUCUGUGGCGUCGCGAGUUGGCACAAAACGACCAUGAGAUUUUCGUAUAGAUGAUAUUCAUCCAACAAAGGCCUAUUUCCUGCUGUGUAGGACACACUGCGUUUGACCGGGUGAAGCAAGAAGACUUAAAUCAACAUGGCAGAAAAUGACGUUGACAUGCUGGAUGUGUGUGAUAAUUCUGACCCAGCCUUGGCUGCCAGUAGAGCACCGCACUAUCCACAAUGGACGUCUCCUAGCCCCCAUGGGAGAGGUGAUAUGACCUAUUCUUCAGGAACAAGUGGGGAGCCAGUGAUAGUAACACAGCCACAUUCAUGUCCUAGCAGUCACACCCAAAGGACUGUUUUGACUGAUAAGCAAAAGAACCUGUAUUUGACAGAUGAUGAAUCUGAAGAAGGACUGGAUACACCACCCCAGGAUCUGAAUCAAGCUAAGGUUGAAGAGAGAAAGCAGCCAUCAGCAUCUCCAGAUGAGGCUACAGUCUACGUCACUGUGAAGUGGCCUAGGAAAGACCUUCCACCAAAAUGGGAAUCUACACUAGAGAAAACUCUCCAGUCAUGGCUCAAUAAAGACUUUGGUGAUAAGACUACAGAUUGUACCUUGAAAGGUCUUUAUUACAAUGGGUCAUGGGCUGAGGUCAAGAUAACUCCCUCAACAGAUCUAAAAGUACUUCUGAAUCAGAGGGCAACACAGAUGACUUUCAAAGACCAGGCCAAGACAACCGCUACUGUGCAGUUUCACAAGACUGCACCAUCUACAUCCUGGAACCAAUCAGACUUUAAACCUAGCUCAAUGGAUGGCUCUCCUCCAACAUCACACACUCCACAGGAUGUCAAACUCCCAAUGACUGUAAGGACUAUCAUUGAUCUCAGUGGCAUCCCACAUGAAGCACAGGUUGCCCUUCAGACCAGGUUCAGUCAGUACCACACUUAUCACUCACUGACCUUUACUGGGAACUUUGAGGAAGUGGAGAAGUUCCAAAGAAAGGUGAACAAGGUCAUCAAGGAAGCUGAGGCUAGGCCAGCAGGUGAUUGGAAUGGUUUAGCAGCGACACCAAGUAUGACUCACAAGGGAAUGAACACCCAUGAAGCCCCUGGGCAAACAGAAAUGAGCUUUCCAGUCCCACUGACCCUCUUUGGGUACAUUAACCAGGCCUACCAGAAGGAGAUGGAGGACAUACAGAAAAGAAAUGGAGUCAAAAUCAAUGCAGAUGUGAAGGUGUCCAUCAAAGAAGAUUCAGAGAAAACAGGCAGAGAUUGUCUGCUGCCCAAAGCCUACCAGGAGUUAAUUGACCUCUUCCAGAAGUGUGCAGGUGAUUUUCACAGCAACUCCGCACAUCUGCCACACAUGAAUCUAGAAGACCUCCAGAAUACGCUGAAGAACAUCCAGAAUGAGGAGUCCAGGCUGGUGCUGAAUGUGUCCGCCAACAGUUGCAAUGUGUUUGGGCCGAAGCAGAGCAUGGUAGCAGUCAGGAAGGCUUUUGGGGUGGGCCACAGCUCCACAGUGAAGACCUUCGGAAUGGAUCACAGCUCCACAGAUGAGGCCUUUGGAUCUGGAAGGAGAUCUACAGAGAUUCCACAGAAGAUUGUACUUGACAUCAAAGACCCACUGGUGUCAAGUGGGCUGUCCAUGGACCCAGCCCACUGGGAGAUGAUUCAAAAAAUAUUUGAUGAACAAAUAAAAGCAAUCCAAAAUAAAUUUGGAGUAGUUUUCAUGAAUAAUCCCUCUCAGGGGAAGGUCAGAGUGACAACCAGACCUAUCAAGUCCCAACACACUGCCUCUCUGGAAAGCCACGCCAUCAGAGCUCUCAUGCACCUCUACCAGAAGGUUGCCACGUCAACAAUGAGCUGCUAUCUGCUAGACACUACCCAGGCAGGGACCGUGGGGGAUAUGCUGGAGAAGAUCCGCUCUCGACACCAAUGUGUUGGGGCAGGAGAAAAAUACGGUCCCUGGAGGCUGAUUGGCCUACCGGAGCAUUUAGGCCCUGCUGUCAAAGAGCUUGAAGAGAAGCUGGGUGGGCCUGUGUUUAAAGAGGAAGACAAGCAGAGGAUUGUGUAUCCUGAAGACUUCAACACUGGAGCAGCUGAGGUGGGAGCAGCUGGAGAAGCGACAUGCCCCAUAUGCAUGGAUAUAUUUACCAACAAGGAGAAGUUGUCGUGCACCCAUGAGUUUUGUAAAGAGUGUCUGAGGCGGUCAGUGGAAUCCAUGGGCCCCAGCUGUCCUGUGUGUAAGGAUGUGUACGGGAAGGUGGAGGGAGACCAGCCUGAUGGAACAAUGACACACACUAUUUCUUACACCAACCUACCUGGAUUCACUCAAUGUGACACGAUAGUUAUCAACUAUGAUAUUCCAGAUGGAAAACAGACGAGAAAACAUCCCAACCCUGGAAAGCACUUCUAUGGGACCCAAAGAAGGGCUUAUCUACCCAAUAACAUAGAGGGGAAUGAGGUCCUGAAGCUGCUGAAGAAAGCAUUUAAUCAGAGGCUGAUUUUCACAGUUGGGAUCUCCAGAACCACUGGGGCAGAAAACGUAGUGACCUGGAAUGACAUUCACCACAAAACCAACAUCGGAGGAGGGGCACAAAGUUUCGGCUAUCCUGACCAUGACUACCUGAGCAGAGUGAAAGAUGAGCUGAAAGCCAAAGGCAUCAAAUGAAGACAUUUUUGGAAAUAGAACAGAAGACUAGUUCAGUUGAGAUUCGAAGCUGCAUACUUUAAAAUUAUACAGAGAGGGGAAAGCUAUACUACGGAAUCACGAUGUUUGUUGAUUGUUUGCCAUAUCACUGUUCCCUCUCUGGGUUCUGACAAUACUACAGUACAAGAGUCUCUUGGAAAAUGUUUUGCUGUCAGGGACCUUUUUGGUUAAGAAUCUUUGUUUUAUGAAGCCAUUUGUCUAAAUGUCAACUUUCGAGGGAUUUAGUUUUGAUUGGUAUACUGGUAUUAUUUUAGAUGCUUGGAUCUAGGCUAACGUGUGAGCUAUGACGAAAUAUGGAACAUUCAUCUUGUUUAAUUAUUAUGUCAGUGCUUUUAAAUAGAAUGGUAACAUUCAGAUUUAAAAUCAACCUCAACAUAUUAUAAUUAUCAGUUGGUGAUCUCAUUAUUAGAUAAACAGAUCCACUUGCUCACUUAAGGCCCAAUAAAUGUGUUCUUGUGUGAUUAACUCAAGUUUGUUUGAUGAUUGGUAAUGAAAAUAAAAAGUAAAUUUAA